CCGCCCAUACCGUUAUCACCAAAAAGUCUACAUUGAGUCUAAUAUAAAUGUUUAAAAAAUAUUUAGGCACUUUAAAAGGAACACACAGUAAUUGGAUAUAACGUUCGCUGAGAAGGUCUUACAAUGUUUAAUAAAAAGCUAUUCGGAUUAGUAAUUUUAAAUGUACAGUGGAUCGUUCACUGUGACGAGGUAUGCAGAGGACUGUCCUACAAAUAUUGUGGAGACGGCACAUACUGUUGCAAUAACGACAGGAGCUGCUGCAUGGCCGUGGGUCGUAUCAUCGAGAUCGUUAGCGGGGUGGUGGGUUUCAUUGCCUUUUGUGUGGUGUUAUUGGGUUGCUGCAUGAGACAAUGUAGGUCCCGGGCUGCACAGGGCCAGGUGAUAGGACAGCCACAACAAGCUACCGUUAUGUACACAACAACUGCAGGGCAAAUACAGACAGAAAACUACCCGCCGCCCAGCAUCGGUGAGACGCAGUACGGAAUGCAAACCGGAUAUCCCCCUCCACCGGCAUAUGGUCAGACACAGUCCGGGUUGCAGGCACCAUAUCCGGCGUACAGCCCGGGUCUGGAGGCACAUGCGUACAUUAACCAUACUGUACCGGAUACGACAACUGAACAAAAAUAAUUACUAUUUGGACAUUAAUGGGUAUGAAUGUUCACAGAGUGAAUAUACUUGUCGAUAUUUUAAUGCCUGUUCUGCUUAAUGAAAAUGAAUGUUUACAGAGCGAAAACUGUUGAUAACACUAAACUAUGUCUUCAGCUUUGUUUUUGUUAUGGCUGAAGGGAAGAACAAUUCUUUACAAGAACGAGUAAUUGUGUACUAUUAGGUUUUGUUCGUUCACAUUUAAUUUGUUUAAAUUCAUUAAAAUAUUCAUUUAUUAAAACAUAUCAUAGUUUUUAAAGACAGUUUAUCAAUAAAUUGUCAAAUUUACCGCGAAUCAAAGUUUGUUUCAUAACUUUGAUAAACUGAGUCGUGUUCUGAGAAAACUGGGCAUGAAGCAUGUGCGUAAAGUGUCGUCCAAGAUUAGCCUGUGCAGUCCACACAGGCUAAUCAGGGACGACACUUUCCGCCUAAACUUGAUUUUCGGUAAGGAGGGACUUCCUUAAAACUAUUGAUACCAUAAAAGCGGAAAUUGUCGUCCCUGAAUAGCCUGUGCGAACUGCACUGGCUAACCUUGGACGACACUUUCCGCACAUACAUUAAGCCCCGUUUUCUCAGAACGCUACUCAAUUGUACUUAUGUGUCAUAUGAACCAAUAUCAACAGAACAGUUUCGAUUUCCCAAUAGUGUACAUUUCUUGGUUAUGUCAAACGUGUUUUUGACUGAACUUAUGACUACGGUUUUGCGUUUGUGUAAAACUAUUAUCGUGGACGUUCUCAUACCAUUUUACCGAACUUAUUUUUUCUAGUUGGCUUAAUUUGCCUUAUUGCAGUUCAAGCGGGGCUGUUCGCAAAGGCCAGCUCAGAUAUUAGUCAAAUAAGCCCAUUGAAAUAUCAUGUAUUGACAUUAUUACAAAAUAUUUAAGUAAAAUAGUUUACACCCAAAUGCCACCAUUUGUUACAAAUAUAAUUGAGUUACAGACCUUGAAUGAUUUUUCAUUUGCAAAAAUGUUAGCAAUUUACCAAAUAGUUUGAGAUUUUUUCUGUUAUUAUUUUUUUUACAAUCGAGCUACAGGACUAAUAUGAAGCAUAUGAAGUCGGUUAUUAAUUUGUAUUAGUGUGUUUUAUUAUAGAAUAAAUCGCCCUAGUCCCUAGUGGUGAAUGCUUAGGAUAAAAGGUUCAAUAGAUUUAAAUGUUAUUAAAAUAAUAAGUAUACAAAAUCGUGUUAAUGUUUUCCCUGUAUCAUACACUACUAACUAUACAACAAUGUCUACCCCAAAAGGUUUCAGGAAUUGUGUCAGUCAUUUGGAGACUUUUCUAACGUAACACUUAUCAAAGUUGAAAAACUCAGUUAUGCGUUUACUGUUGUUUACAUACUGCAGUCAAAUGAUCACAUGUUCAAUUUUAAACCAAAAUAUUAACUCACAACUGAGAUAUAAAAGUUUUUUAAAAAGUUGCGUUAGAAAAGUCACCAAGUGUAGUACAACACUAUAUAUUUCGAAUUUAAUUUCAAUGUCAUCAUUCUUUAUGGGUUUUUACAACAGGAAAACAUUACAUUAAUUUAAACAAAACAAUGUGGCUCGUAUGAAUAUUCAGAUUCACAAUUGUUGCAAGCCAGUUGAUCAUUAAGACGUGUUAGUUAUUGCAUUAUACUUUUCACAUUAUUAUUUUACGUUGUACGAUUUUGAGCAUUUUACUUUUGCAGUGAUUGUUUUCAAUUGUUAUGUUUUAUACUUUAAUGUUGUUCAAUUUCAAUUAAAUUUACAUGUAGCUUUA